AUGAACAUCGAAGAAAUCCAAGCCCAUCUCUGCACUAUCCAAUACGAAUCCACUGUCUGGGAGAUUUUGGGCUCUGUCGCCGCUAUCAUUACUUCAAUCACCUACCCACCACUCCGGCUAGUCUAUCUGUAUGGCGUGUUUGAUUGUCGAACGUGGUUGUGUUUCUGGUUGACGUGUUGUGGGUACUUUCCUGGGCUUUUAUACGUGACCUGGCUAUCAGCCCACCGCCACCGCACCCGCACCCUCCGCGAAUCCCGCCUCCUAGCCUCCCACCCGCUCCUCCGCCCCCCUCUGACCCCACCCCACCUCUGGUCCAUCGACGCCUCCGGUCUCCGCUCCGCGCACCCCAACGCCGUCCCACUCAUACCACACACUCCCGGCUCCUCCCCUCCCCGCCCGCUACAACGCAGCAACCUGAAUCCCAGUCUCCCGGGGUACGAGCAAGCUGCACGGGAUCGGGUCCCGGAGUAUUGUGUCUAUGGACCGGGGAGGGAGUGUCCGCCCAGGUAUUUGACGCAUGCGAAUGGGGGGUUGACGGAGGGGAUGGCGCCUGGGACCAGGGCGGUGGUUGUGCAGAGGCUUAGGGCUGCUGGAUACGAGGUUGAUGAUCCUGGACGUGGGGAGACGCCGAAGGUUCAUCGAAGAAGGACGUCUGGGGGUGCAGCUGUGGCGGUUGGGGCGGUUGGGGCGGCGGCUGGAACGGGUGCUGGUGGGGUAGAGCGGGAAGGGGGGGGAGGGACAGGGGAGGUGAGGAGUGCGUUGAGACGGAGUCCGAGUGGGCACGUGUCGAGUCGUGCACCGAGUCGCAGACCGAGCGUUACGUUCCAAGAACCUGUCGCGACUGCGAUCGAUGACACUCAAACUCAAACUCAUUCUCCUUCCCAGGGCGCACGACAGUACAAAACUGAAGCACCCAGGUCUGGUCCGCCGGGUCCGAAUGGGUAUCACGAGAGUGGAAGUAGUACAAAUGGGCAGAGACGGAGGACGCCGAGUUUGAGUGAGCAGGGGUGCUUUUGGAGUGAAAGUGGGCAUGAUUAG